GGUACUUUUCAGACAAGAGCUCUGUUCUGUUCUCGCUCCCUGUCGUUUCUAUAUUUUAUUCCUCGCCGAAAAGCCAGCAUUAGGGUUUCGAUCAUGGUGACGGAGUACUUGCGCCCUCCGAAGAAGCGCAGGUUGGACAUAGCCUCGGGAGAAUCGAGAUCCUCAGCGACACGUCCAAAUCUCCAGUCUUUCAACUCGCGCGAUGAUGAGUGCAUCCGACAGUACAUCUCGUACUAUUACCAGUUUCAAAAGAGCGAGGGUUUCGAGAUAGGUUGGGAUAAACUGGACUACCUGUUCGACACGAUGCCUAUGAUUGAUCCAUAUCGUGCCAGUGAAUAUAAGACCAACGAUGAAAUAAUCCGUGAAGGGACCUGUCUUGCCAUUGCCCGACACAAUUCCGACAAGGGAACUAGGCUUGUUUUCCUCGAUCACGUUUCAGCAAGUUACAGGUGCUGUGCUGGUGUGCUUUACUAUGUUACAUUCUGGGCCAUGGAUUUGGCUUCAUCCAGUCCCGUGCCAAAACUUUAUCAAUCAAACUUUCGCCGGUGUGGACCCACAUUUUGUGAGGUUUAUCUCUUCAGGCUUAAACCAACGGACCAAGAGAUUGCUGCUGUUCAGGUGGAUCCUCCUCCUCCAUUGAAUGAAGAUAUCCCAGAACGACCCACUGUAUUGUUCACUGUAACGGGUCCAGGGUCUGGGUUCAUACCCAACGUUGUCUUCACUAGGAUUCCUGCUCAAGUGUCUGUCUCGUUGCCAGAAUCAUCCUCACCAUCCCUUCUUGUUACCUAACUACGCAAGUUUGUUCCAUUCCAAGGAGAAACCUCAUCCCCAUAAUCAUCAUCACAAAGAAACUCAUGGAAGGAGUGAUGAUAUCGAUGAGAACACGAAUGUAGAUGAAGUGAAGGCUCCCAAUGUUUUCGAGAGAGCCAAGGAAGAGAUCGAGGCCGUCAUCGGCACCAUCCAUCCCAAGAAGAAUGAGACUGACGGUUCCGAUUCUCCUAAGCGUUCUCGGUCUGUCUCACCAGUCACCGGAGAAGGAGAGAGCUGGAUUCGGAUGCUCUCUUGGAAAGGGGUUGGAAAAGAUUUGUGCUCCUUGGGGGAAUAAUAAAGAAGAUUGAGUUAUUCAUUAUGAUUGAUGAUCAUGAACUUGUUUGCUAAUUGUUGUGAUCUAAUUUGGUUGAGUUUCAAUGAGUUUGUUGAUUUAUAGGUACUCAAUUGUUACCUUAACAGAUUAAAACUUGUUAUUCAUA